AAAGAGGUGUUGUACUUUAACUCCAACGCUCGAAUGCUGUCACACGGUGUAGUUUCGGAUAGCAGAAGCACUGGAAUAGACUUGGGAUUUAAACCGGUGUCUGCACAGGGACGGCCGAUUCAUUUAACCAAGCGCACCGGCUGUUGUGGCCACAUCUUAGUGGACAUUCUUUGUGGACAAAUCUAAACUAUAUAAAUUUUUUCCUCUAUACAUGCCAAAGCUAGGCAACUUUGUGGACGAUUCUGAGACAUUGUCGCGAAACUUUGAGGUUUUCGCCACAAUUAUUGGCUAUCGAAUGGACCAGCAUCCGAGCGCCCGGAGCUGCAGCAGUCGCGGAGCUGCGCCGUCCUGCGAGAGCGUCUCCGGCGAGCCCCCCAUGAAUUUGUACAUCCACUCCACCACCGGCACACGCUUCGAGCUCUCCCUUCCCGCAGAAGAGACCGUGGAAGGGCUAAAGCGAAGACUCUCUCAAAGACUGAAAGUCCCCAAAGAAAGACUCGCUCUGCUACACAAAGAAACACGCCUGAGUUCAGGAAAACUUCAAGAUUUGGGAAUAACGGAUGGGAGCAAGUUAACGCUGGUUCCGACAGUUGAAGCAGGCCUAAUGUCUCAAGCAUCAAGACCUGAGCAGUCAGUAAUGCAGGCACUGGAGAGCUUGACGGAAACACAGGUCAGUGAUUUCCUGUCUGGCCGGUCUCCUUUAACCCUGGCUCUGCGAGUAGGCGAUCAUAUGAUGUUUGUCCAACUGCAGUUGGCAGCACAGCACUCAGGCGGCCCACAGUUGCAGCAUCGGCAUCUCAUAUCACGCGGGAGUUCAGAGGGCACGACAGGACAGUCUCAUGGAGCUUCAGGGUCUGGGAUGGCGAGGGUUUCACACAACCCCCACCCACAUCACCCGCACCCACAUCCUCACCAUCCAAACACAAAGCUCCCAUCUAACCCUGCGGCCUUCCCACCUUCCCCCUCUAUCCCACCCGUUCCUUCCAUGUACCCCACCUCAGCCUCAGGGCACUGUAGCCCUCCACCGAACCCCUCUCAACUCCCUGGAAGUUUUCUUCACUCCCCGCAGUCAUCUUCUGCCUGUCCCACCUCUCCAAGCAGCCCCAGUCCUGCAGCUUCCUGUCCAGAGGCCAACUGCCCAGCAAAGACGUCCGGCAACUGUAACACUCCUUCGCGAUCCCGCAAACCAGGCGCUAUCAUUGAAAGUUUUGUGAACCAUGCUCCUGGAGUCUUUUCUGGGACAUUUUCAGGCACUUUGCAUCCCAACUGUCAGGACAGCACCGGACGUCCCAGGCGGGACAUAGGCACCAUCCUUCAAAUCUUGAAUGACCUUUUGAGUGCCACCCGGCAUUACCAGGGCAUGCCACCAUCACUCACGCAGCUCCGCUACCAGACCCAGUGCAACAGCCCAAGUUCGCCAGUACCAUCACCACCACCCUCACCUCCCCACACCCCCGGACUAACCAGUCUGCCUACCACAGUGCCCUCUGAGACUCAGCCCACCCUCCACCCACUGGUGCAGUGCCAGAGCCAGAUCCGUAUGUGCAAGCCUCCUGGAGACCGACUGCGUCAGACCGAGAACCGAGCCACACGCUGCAAGGUGGAGCGACUGCAGCUGCUCAUGCAGCAGAAGCGCCUGCGCAGGAAGGCCCGGCGAGAUUCUCGUGCCCCGUACCACUGGCUCCCCAACCGCAAGGCCGGGCGCAGCAACAGUAACAGCAGUAUGUCUAGCGAAGGCUCCUUGGACCUGGACUUUGAGGACUCUGUGUGGAAGCCCGACGUCAAAGCUGAUAUGAAAUCGGAGUUCAUCAUGGCCUAAAGCAGCUAUGGUUGCACCAUUUUCGAGGAAAACUGGGGUUUACACUUUAGAGAGGAGAAUUUCCGAAGACUGUACACACAGAUGCACAUUUAGAAUCUGGCAGGUUUUACUCCUCGUCUCUCCUGUGACCACAAAGACUUUACACAAAGGAAGAUUCACAGACUUUUACUUACAUCCUUACAUCCUUGAUAGACUACGAUCUUGGAAUAGACUAAGUUUCCAAAUGACAAUGUUUGGAUAUGGAUUGGACUGAUGAAUAGACAGAAUUUGGACUCUGAAUGUCCAAGAAGUAAACACAAAUGAGCAUAGCAGACAUCAUCGGUGUUGGGAUUUGUUUUUCUCUUUCCUUUUUUAUGUUUUUCUUUUUUUUUUUAUCCAGGGGGAAGAUCUAUACUUGCCAUAUAAAGGGCAUGAUGAACUGACAAAAAUCAGAUACUGAACCUACUUCCUCCUUUUUUUGUUACGAAUGGGCAUUCACAGUUCAAGAAUCAUUUGAAGGGGGUUAUCUUGUUUUCAAGUCCUGUUUUUCUUGAAUCAUGAUGAUUUCUGAAACAAUAUGUAGCAUUACCCACAAAGCAUUCAGGUUUUUUAUCUUGUAGAUGAGGAGGGUUCAUUUGCACACACACCUGUGAUUUGAAAUAGACAAAGGAUAUCAUAACAUAAGAGAUGGCACAGUGCAUGUUUAGUAUAUAAAUGUACAAAAAAAAAAUACAAAAAAGUCUUUCUUAACAACAUCUCAGUAGUCAGAGGUUCAAGUAGGAAACUAAAACAUGAAACAUAAAUAUGCUGAUGCGAUUGAAGAUACCAGGCUUGUGAAGUCGGUUGUUUUUAGUAUAUAUAAAGAACGACUUUCCUUUUUUUUACCUCCGUGAAAACAAACAAACCAACCAACCAACCAAAUGUAAAACAGCAGUUGCUCAUCAAGACUCAAGUCACGCUGUGAAAUUAAUCUGAUGUUAUAUAAUCAUUUAAAUACAUUACUGUCUAAAUGUGUAUAAUAGAGAGAGUGGUGGGGUGCCAGAGGAAUAGUUUACAAAUGUACAUUAUAAUGGCAAAGUGGAAUCUCUCAUUUAUGCAUUCAACUAAAACAACCUGCCUGGUUUUAUCCCAGCAAACACUUACAGUUGUGACAAAAUUUCAACAAGAUUACCCUUAUUUGUCCAUUCAGCCAGACUUCUUUGCAGAUUCCCACAUAAGCAUCUAGACCAGAGCGUAUCCCCCACCUUCACACUCUUGAUAGUGCCUCAUACGUAGACGCACUGACAUAUUCAAUCAGGCGUUCCACAGACAGACGGUUCUGCUGCUAUAUGGGAUUUCUCUUUGCAUGCAAACGUGUGAAUUAUCCUGAUCCUUUUUUGUAGAAGAAAAUAAUAAUAAUAAUAAUAACAACAAUACUGAGAAACUGGUGCUGAAAAGAAAAGAUAAACAAGCAUGAAUUUGUGAAAAAUGGAGAAAAAAAAAAAAGACAUUUGCCCCAGCUAUUUGGGAUUUUUGAAUUAGAAACGUGAUGUUACAUAUCAGUCGCAAACCAAAACGGACUGGAAUUCUACUGUACAUGGAUCAUUCCUGGACUAACUAAGGAACAAUGGAACGUUUUCUAUUCCCAACAUCCAAGGGAUCCUCAGAGCAAACCCUGGCACUCCCAUUGACCUGUCCAGAUGCAGACUAACAGGGAUGUUAGCAACCAACAUUUGCCCCAAUGACUACUUGGAAAUAAACGUGAAAAUGUCCUAAACCACAUUGAUGUUGCACUCACUGAGUUUGCAAUGAGAUUACCUACCUGAAAGGGAACAUUGUCUUUUCCUUUUUUUUCUGUUCAAGUGGCCUUAACGUUCAUUAUCGAAACACUUGCAGAGUGGUGGACAACAUAGGGAUGUUUCUGUUGUUUUUGUCCUGUGUUUUUGUUAAAGCAUCACUUUUUCUGGGGCAAUUUUUGUGUUUAGGAGGUGGAGGCUCUAUUAUGUCAAGGCUUCAGUGCCUUAAAGUUUUGCCCUGUCGGUGUGUACAAAAAAAAAAAAAAAAUCUGAACAAAUUCGCAUUUAUGCAGGUUUUUAUCAAUUUAUAGGAGCUCUAGUAGAAUAUUGUCUUUUAUGGUUUGAUUGUUACAAGUCACGACCUGGAGGUUAAACGGGUUCCAUCAGUUUGUUCCAUUGUUUGUUUGAUUAAGUCCCUUGAACCCUGCUGUCCUACAAAGAAGCAACAAAUUUACAAAUUUAAUUGAAAAAAGGAAGGUUCAACUGCAGUGCUAUAGUGACAAAGUGCCCUAACUCUCAACUGAGAAGUCCUUUAAGGACACAUUGACAACGUGCACUUCCCUUCUUCUCAGAUAAAUUACUUCAGUGGACGAUUUCUCCUUUUCCCCCAAGAAAAUCAUUAUUUAAUUUUUAUAUAUGUAUGAAAUAUACUCUGUGUGUGCCUCACCUAUAUGUAAAAUGGUUAAAAAAAAAAAAAAGAAGUGAAAACUGAAAAAAAGCAUAGGAAAUGAUCUGAGUUUUAGGAUAGGGUAAUUGAAUGAGGGUGGAGGGAGGGAACGGGGGCAUUUUCAAUAGUUUGUUGGAGUUCUGAUCACAUCAUUUAAGUUGCCUGUUCUUUCUUGUAGCCAAUGAAAACUGAUUACAAGAGUCAAGAAAAAAAAAAAAACAAUUUUACAAUGUUCUAGCUAUAGACCGGUGUAGCACAUGUGUGACUGUAUUAAUUUAUGAAACCAAAAUGGUAACUGUGAAUUAUGUAUUUCUUUGUGCUUUUUUAAAAGUGGGCAGAAGGUGGAAAAAAGGGCGUUGCUGUGCCCUGUUUUGUUUUUGUGGAAUAUAAUGGAAAUAAUCAAGUAAAAAAAAAAGGAAAAUAUCUAAAUAUAUUUUUUUCUUAAGCAAUACAUUUCAGUGUGACUUGUGAUAGGACAUUUUCUUUUUUUAGGUAAUAAAUUGAAAAAAAAAAUGA